ACCCAGGCUCUGAGCCUCAGGGUUGAGGGACAGAUGGGGGUGCAGCCCUCUACAAUCCUGGCGACUCGGGGAAGGUCAGCGCGGGCGGACGGGCGGGGCGCGCUGUUGUGGCCCAGACUCACAGGCCACCCCAUCCCCACCUGAAACUCUGGCUGUCACUCGGUGCCAGCUGAGCCUAUCGAUGUCCAAGGUUCUUGAGAGGGGGCGGGCCUUAUGCAAAUCGUGUCGCCUUCGAGAAGCACAUAGUGAUACAAGAGCUCGGGAGGCGGCUCCAACGCGGACCUUACGGAGCCCGGCGUCCGCCUGCUAGCCAGCCUGGUCCCAGCGGCCGCCCAGGCUCGGAGCCAUCCAGCGAGUCAGCGAGCGGCCUCAGGCCCACCAUGGGGAAGAACAACAGCAAGCUGGCCCCCGAGGUGCUGGAAGACCUGGUCCAGAACACAGAGUUCAGCGAGCAGGAGCUAAAGCAGUGGUAUAAGGGGUUCCUGAAGGACUGUCCCAGUGGCAUCCUCAACCUGGAGGAGUUUCAGCAGCUCUACAUCAAGUUCUUCCCUUACGGAGACGCCUCCAAGUUUGCACAGCAUGCUUUCCGCACCUUCGACAAGAACGGCGACGGCACCAUCGACUUCCGGGAGUUCAUCUGCGCCCUCUCUGUCACCUCCCGCGGCAGCUUCGAGCAGAAGCUCAACUGGGCCUUUGAGAUGUACGACCUGGACGGCGACGGGCGCAUCACGCGCCUGGAGAUGCUGGAGAUUAUCGAGGCUAUCUAUAAGAUGGUGGGCACCGUCAUCAUGAUGCGUAUGAACCAGGAUGGGCUCACACCCCAGCAACGCGUGGACAAGAUCUUCAAGAAGAUGGACCAGGACAAGGAUGACCAGAUUACACUGGAGGAGUUCAAGGAGGCAGCCAAGAGUGACCCCUCUAUUGUAUUGCUGCUGCAGUGUGACAUGCAGAAGUAGAGGCUGGUGAGGGAGGGGCAGGGCCCCUGGCCAGGACAGGCAUGGCACCUCCCAACCUGAUGUCCUCUCUGCUGGCCCGUCCCCAGGGGGAGGGGCAUUCCAGCCUCACUCUCUAGGUCCCCCACUCCUCUGCCCAAGCCUUUCUCUCCUCAGUCAAGUUCUGUGAGGGACCACCUCAUCCUGCAAAAGAGAUGGGUCCUCUCAAGUAGCCUGUCCUCCAAGCGUCUGUCACUAGCUCCACCUCUAGCCUUGGCCUAGAACCAACAUCCUUUGGGCUUAGGAGAGUUGGCUUUUGACCCAAGAGGCGAGGUUAAGGAGGGGCUGAGGGCUUGCUUCGAGAUCCUGUUGUUCCCAGGAUUCAGCUCUAAAUACACAAUGCGGUCAGUCCCAGAGGCUCCCAGUCAAAGGGCCAAACUGGGUCUCUCCUUUCCAGAUUCCUUGAGAGGUGGUCUCCGCCCCACCCCCUUGACUCUACCUGGCCCCUCUGGCCCCACCCUUGGGAACGUCCAUUGAGUCCCUUCUCCAGCUAAUGCUUGUUAGGCACCUGAAGGUGCUAAGAAUACGGUUGUUUACAAAAACACAUUCCAUGCCCUCUGAAAGCUCACAGGGUAAUGAGACAACUUCCAAGGGUGGAGGUCUUAGACAGAGAUGUGAAACACACGGAGACGAGGACGCAAGGCAGCGGGCAGGUUCUUAGGACGCAUGUGUCCUCCAGCUACCACCACCCAAAGCUGCAGAAAGACUGAAAAGCCCGAGGAAGUUUAGGUGCCACAUGUGGGUAGAAGUUUUAAGAAAAAUAAAAAUUUAUGUAAUAUUUAUUUUUUUAGUGCCCUUUCAAAGAGCUAAGACCAUUUUAUUAGACUAUUAAUAUAUACUCUAUAUUACUUGGUUUCUUAUAAAAAUGAUUUAAAUGGAUAUAAAAACGCUAAUUUUCAAGGGGGGGGAAAUGCUUGGGCAACCACCAGACUUGGAGAACAUGCACUCUCCCAUCAGCAGUAUCUGCUGCUCCUGCUCCUCCCUUUUGAUUACCUGUUUUCAAUUCCACAAGUGACUUUGUGUCGCUCACUUUGGGUGCCGGCGUCAGAGAUGGAAACCAGGUCUACGUUGAGCAAGGGUAGUCCGUACCCCACACCUCAGCAGCUUGUUUCUGAGUUUGGUUUGGUUUCAGGGAUUGGCUUGUUCUUUCACAGCCUCAGAUAGAAGGAGCUAGAAGAAAAGGAUCAUCCGGCCACUGUUCAGGCUUCUGGGCUGCAUUUAUGGACCAAACGCCUAAAAAUACACUGGGCGUACUCCAUGUGAAAGGCUUUUUCUAACCCCUCCACCCCAGAUCUGCCAGGUAAACAAAUCUGUCACCUUCUGAACUCACCAGCUUUGCUUUCUGAAUUUUAGGGUCUGUGAGCUAACUAUUGUGCUGCAUGCUUUCCAGAAAAAUCCACCUUGCUUUCUUCUAGCUCUUCACUUUGCUUUCGCCUGUGCUUGUGAUCAGGAGUCAGCUUUGAUACGCAGUGACAGUUGACUUCCUCUUGAACUGCUGUGAAACUGUCUCAGAUGUUCUCAGCCAGGGUGGGAGUAGAGAAUAUGCUUGUGAAGCCGGGGUGUGUGGUGGCGGAGAUUGCCCUGCAGGAAGGAUGCUAUUUGCCUCUCACUUCUGAAUGCUUGCCUCCUCGCUGCUAGAAACUUUUGGAGAUUCUCACCUGUGGUCCAAAAUUCUGUCAGACCUUCCUUCUUGUGGCGUUUGGAGUAGCAAGGCACCUUCUUUCCAUCCUGCCUACCCAGGCCAUGUGGUGAGGCUGAGGGAUUCACAGACUCCGGUGACGCCGGCAGGUGUCUUAUCUAGGGAUGCUUCACAGGGCUGUUCCCCGGCCCUCGUGAACUGCCUGUUAAGUAUGUCUUGUGCUGUCAUCAGCACCGCAGAGACAGAAAUGCUCAACAACCCGCACAGCUGGGACCUGAAUUUUCUAGUGAAAAGCUUUUCCUGCCCCCCCAGCCCCCCCCCCCCCCCCCCCCAUGUUGAAUCUAGAUGAACUCACGGAGGACGACACAGACUUUCUUGGCUUUCAAAGGCUUGUGUUUACUUGCAUCUCAUUUUGUCCUCACAGCCCAGGGAGAUCGGGGUUUUCGGGACCUUUACCCAGGCUUGGAAGCUAAGAUUAAGGGUGGAGGGUGAGGAGGUCUCUUGUGUGAGAGCAAGCGGUCAGGAGAUAACACAGUUGUUGAACUUGAACGCAAGGCUCUCUAAAAGGCUUUCCUCUGCCUCGUUCAUUUCUGUGUCUGUUAGUCCAGAUGUUGACUGCAGGACAAACUGACUUUUGUCUUUCAGAAGCUUCCUGCUAAGAAGCUUCUGAGGCCAUGGUCUUCCAAAAAAGAGGAGGAGCUUGAAGUCUCCAUUUUCAAGCAUUCUCUUUUCUGCUUUUGGGCAGCUUUGCAUGGACCAAUGUUGUUCUUGGGAGCUGCUAGCCAAAUUCUGGAAGCAUCUAACAUUGUCUUCCCCACUCUCUUCCUUCCUGAGAGAACUGCUUUUGUUUUUCUAAGCUGGUAGGCAAGUUCUGUUCCUGAGACUGAUCACUCCAGGGUUCUGGCUGCCUACUCAUGGGCAGUAUUUGCUACUUAGGCAAAGGGUUUCCGACAGCUCAACAGGCCCCAAACUGUUUCUGCCUUCUUGCUGAUGGGAGGAGCCACAGGCAGCUUAGGCCUUGCUCCCACACUCUCUUAGGUGUCUAGAGCACUGUAUGUCCAGGAGACCUUGUGGUAGAGCACCCAUCCAUGCCUCAAGAAGAGAGAUAGGGCUCCCAUCUCUGCUCCAGCUUGAGAAGCACUUACCACAAAGCACAAGGUUAGCAGAGAUCUAUGCAUGACUUGCAAAGACAUGAAAACAUACAGGCAGUUAAAACAUUGAUCUAUCCAAGUUCUCCUUUGAGGUUCUAUAUCCUCUUACAGAAAUUCUGUGACUCACAGUGAUUCCAGAUUCAGCCUCCUCAUACCUGCUAUUCUCAUUCAUCCUUUCUGGCUAAGGGAUGAGACCCUUAUUUCUCAUCCCUAAAAAUCAUCAGCGUAGGCUGCUUCCCUCAGGUGCCACGACCAUCCCUGCAGCUGCAUAAUUUACUAACUUCCUUUUAAAAUUAAGAAGAAAACAAAAACAAGCCCAUCAGCAAAGGCACUAAUUCUUUUCUGCCCUGGCAAAGGCAGAGCCUCAGAAACAGAAAUCCAUUUUCCACAGGAGGUCAUGAGAGCAAAGAGAGAGAGUGAUCUGAUCCUCCUAGGCAGGGCAGUAGUAGGCUGACACUGUAAAUAGUUUCACACAAAAUUUCAUUAAAUCGAAAGUUAUUUCCAGAAGAUCCACCUGGGUGAGGCUUUGUGUUGACUUUGGAAAUCACCAUGGGGUUAAAAAAAAAAAUACGUUUCUUACAUAGCUCCUUCAUUGUUCUUAAAGAAAUACAUAAUUCAUGUGCUCAAUUUUAAAGUCUUAGAAAAACAUGGGAUUUUUUUUUUUUUUUCUAGACUUUCCAGGGUUUUCUCUUCUUAGCUUUGUCAGAGUGUGGGGGUGGGGCGGGGCCUCCCAGGAGGCACGGAUCUCUCUGCAUGCGCGGUGGAGGCUGGCCAGGUCCAGGGCCUCCUCAGCAGCAGCAGUGAGGAAGCAUACCCCGUUCUCUCCAGAUGUGCCGCUUCUAGCUCUGCCCACAGCAACUGUCUUCACUGGUCAAUCCUGUGCCGUGUGGUGUGUAUUUUCCCCACUGACAAUGAAUAAAAGGUGUGACUGUGCAA